AUGGCUCCCGAUCAAACGGAUCCAAAAAAUCCAACCCCUACCCAAGGGCUCACCUCCUCUGCCAAUACCAACAAAGCAGAAGACGGUAUUGUGCAGUCAGCCACCGCUCUACCAGAAAUCGACUCCGACCAUCUGCACGUUGUUGACAGGGGCGGGGAGAAGGGACUGCGAGAUACUGACAGCUCGCAAAACGACAUCAUAGGAUAUGAUCCUCAGCUCAUGCGGGCUCGAGCAAUACUGACGGUCGAUGAAGAGACAAAAGUGCUCCGGCGAGUAGAUUGGCGUCUUCUUCCUCUGUUGGCCAUCAUGUAUGUGGUCAAGAAUGUUGAUACUUCCAAUGUCUCCAACGCUCGUAUUAUGGACCGCGGAACGCCGCAGAAUAUCAUGACUGAGCUGGGAAUCAGUGCGAACGAAUACAAUUGGGUCGUAACAGCGUAUUAUAUUCCAUACAUUCUUGCAGAAGCGCCUUCAAACCUGGUCCUCAAAAAGAUGCGUCCCUCCGUUUUUCAAGCUCGGAUCAUGGUCUCCUGGGGUAUUGUUCUCUGCUGUCAUGCUGCAGUUCAGAAUGGCGCCGGCUUGUAUACUGUUCGAGCAUUCCUUGGACUAGCUGAAGCUGGGAUGUGGCCUGCUGCAAUUUUGCAGCUGUGCUAUUGGUAUCGGCCGGACGAGAUCGCCCCCCGUGUCGUCUUGGUCACUCUGCUGGGUAACUUUGCGACCAUCAUUAGCGGUAUAUUAGCCUUCGCCUUCAACGGUGUUUAUGCUAGGGGGUUGUCUGGCUGGAAGUGGCUCGUCCUAACAGAGGGAAUGUUCACGGUACUGUUAGGAAUUGUCGUAUAUUUCUUGCUUCCGGAUUUUCCGAAUACAGCCCCAUGGUUGUCGGAUAAAGAGAAAGCUUUCUUGCAAGCGAGACUACCAAGAGCUGCACCCCGAGCAAUCGAGGAAAAUUUCAACUGGAAUGAGUUCAUCACGACUCUCAAGGAUAAGCGAAUCUGGAUGUUCUUGUUCGUCUGGGGAUUCUACACAGUGGGAACGACUGGCCUUGGAUUCUACCAGCCCACCGUCGUCGCGAACCUAGGGUUCACUGGCAUAGCAAAAUCUCAACUCCUCAACAUACCGUCGGCAGUCUUGUCUACGGCACUCUCACUCUUUUUCGGCUUCGUCUCCUCGACCGGCCGUAUUCCACAGCCACUGAUCCCACUUAGUUACUCGAUUGUCCUGUUGGCCCUAUAUGGCGUGCUCUACGCUUUUCCCAGCACUGGAGGGGUGUAUACGGCAACAAUCUUGGCUGGAGCUAUAUCGACUUCAUGGUAUACAAUGAUUUGGCCAUGGCGAGUGCAGACCACCUCAGGAGCCACCGGAUCCGCAUUUGCGCUUGCGUUUGCAAACAGCUAUGGUCAGAUUGGAGGUGCUGUUGGCGCUCAUCUCUUCAAUUCUCGUUUUGCGCCGCGGUACACCACAUCAUUCGGUAUCGCGAUGGGCUUCAUUGGUGGCAGUAUUCUCGCAGACCUUGUCGCCUGGAAAUUCACGUGGAGGGUAGAUGUCGAGACUCGGCGACUGAAGAGAGCCAGGAUUGCAGCAGCCAAGGAGAACAAGACGGUUCUGGAAGAUGUCGAUCUCCAUCUUGAAAAGGGAAAGCCUCUUUGA